AUGGUGUGCCGAGUGCAUAGUGCUAAUUUUACUACAACUAAUCCUGUACCUAUUCCACAUGAGUGGUAUGAGCCAGGUGACCCUGUCAUUGGUGAGAUAGCAUCUCUUAUUCGCUACUUCCUCCCCAAUUUUUUAUUUAAUAUACACCCCACUGAAGUCUUGAUUGACCACCCAAUGGUGUUAUCAAAGUUCUACCAGCACAUCCUUGCCCUGGUGUUUGCGAUUGAUGAGAUCAAUGAGAAUCCCAAGGUCUUGCCCAAUCUCACGCUUGGGUUCCACAUCUAUGACAGCUACUAUGAUGCUAAAAUGACGUACCGCACCACUCUGGAUCUGCUGUUUAACUCACAUACCUUUGUCCCCAACUACAAAUGUGGCUACCAAGAAAAUGUAAUAGGAGUCAUUGGGGGACUUAGCUCUGAGGUCACCUCGUGUAUGGCAGACAUCUUGGGUCUUUACAAAAUUCCACAGACUUCGUAUGGUUCAUUUGAAGCAGUCACAAAUCAUCAAAUUAAGUUCCCUUCCUUUUACCACAUGGUUCCUAAUGAAAGACUUCAGUACCAGGGAAUUAUCCAGUUGCUUCUGCAUUUUGGAUGGAAAUGGGUUGGGCUCAUCACUCCUGCUAAUGAAGCUGGAGAACGUUUCUUGAAUACCAUUGAACCAAUGCUUUUCAAGAAUAAGAUCUGUUCAGCAUUAACAGAAAGAAUUGAAUACCAUAUCCGUUACACUGGUAACAUGUUUGAUAUGCUCCACUCAUUCCUACAGAAGAUCUCAUUCAACAACUCUGCUGGGGAUGAAAUUACAUUAAAUGAACGUGGAGAAUUAGCAGCUGGUUUUGAUAUUACAAAUUUGAUCACUUUCCCAAAUAGAUCCUACAUCAGGGUCAAAGUGGGAAGGCUGGAUCCUCAGGCCCCUCCAGGCAAAGAGCUCACCAUUAAUGAUGGACAGAUUGAAUGGCACAGGGGCUUGACUCAGGUGCCACCUCAGUCACUAUGUAAUGACAACUGCCGUCCUGGUUACGGGAAGAAAAAGAAGGAGAAAAGUAAAUUUUGUUGCUAUGAUUGUGAACCAUGUCCCAGUGGGAUGUACUCAAAUGAAAAGGACAUGGAAACAUGUAUCAGUUGCCCAGCAAAUAAGUAUCCAAACCAAGACCAGGAUAAUUGCAUUCCAAAGAUUCCAAACUUUCUGGGCUUUGAUGAAAUUUUAGCCAUCAUUUCAACUUCCUCUGCACUAUUGUUCUCUCUGAUCACAGCUCUAGUGUUGGGCAUCUUCAUUAAGCACAAGGACACCGUGAUUGUCAAAGCCAACAAUAGAAGCCUCACUUACAUUCUCCUUGUGUCCCUCCUCUUGUGUUUCCUCUGCUCCUUGGUGUUCAUUGGAACACCUAAGCAGGCAACCUGCCUUCUCCGACAAACAGGUUUUGGCAUCGUCUUCUCUGUGGCCCUCUCUAGCAUCUUGGCCAAAACUAUAUCAGUGGUUUUGGCAUUCAUGGCUACUAAGCCAGGAUCCACAAUCAGGAAGUGGGUUGGCAAAAAACUGGCUUAUUCCAUUGUCCUCUCUGGCUCAAUUGUUCAAGUAGGGCUCUGUGGAGUUUGGCUGGCAACCUUUCCCCCAUUCCCUGAUUUGGACAUGAAAUCAAUGAGUGAAGAAAUUAUAUUCUUAUGUAAUGAAGGGUCCGUCCACAUGUUCUACUGUGUUUUGAGCUACAUGGGCUUCCUGGCCACUGUCAGCUUCACUGUGGCUUUCCUAGCCAGGAAGUUACCUGACAGCUUCAAUGAAGCCAAGUUCAUCACCUUCAGCAUGCUGGUCUUCUGCAGUGUUUGGAUCUCCUUUAUUCCAACUUACCUGAGCACCAGAGGAAAAUACAUGGUGGCUGUGGAGAUUUUCUCCAUCUUGGCUUCUGGUGCUGGAUUACUCGCUUGCAUCUUUUUCCCCAAAUGCUACAUUAUUCUUGUGAGACCUGAGUUGAACACCAGAGAACAUCUAAUGCAAAGAAAGAUAUAA